CGCGGGCGGCGGAUCGCCGGAUCCGCCCCGAUCCGGACUGGAUGGUCCGCCCCGGCCGCGCCGCUCCGAUCUGAUCCGGGCGGCGGCGAUCACGCGGGGGGUUUCGGGUUCGGGCGGUGGAGUCUCUGGGCGGCGAGGGUAGGGGUUGUGCCGGUCCGCGUUCCGGAUUCGUGCGCCAGGCGGUUACCCGACCUCCGCGCAAUCCUACUCGGAGUCGCCGCCGCCGCCGACGCGCUCGUGCCGCGCCGGGUAUCUAUAAGGAAGGGGUCGGGCGCUCCAGGUUGAGGCCCCCCCUCGGGAGGAGAUCGCGCCGCGCCCUCGUCUCUCCGCGGGGAAGUCGUGAUCUUGUGGCAGCCGCGCCCGUGGGUUCACGGGGUGGGUGCCGAUUGCUCUGUUGCCGCAUCGCCGCCUGAAGAGGGGUUUUGCGCGUUUGGUCCCAUGGCGGACGGCGCUGAUGCCCCGAGGCAGUACGGGAUAACCAAGCCGUUAUCGCUGCUUGGGCCGGUGGAGGCGGAUCUGCAGAGGACGGCGGAGCUGGAGAAGUUCUUGGUUGAGGCGGGCCUAUAUGAGAGCGUGGAAGAGUCUGCUAAGCGGGAGGAGGUGCUGGGGAAGCUUGACCAGAUUGUUAAAGACUGGGUGAAGCAAUUGACUAGUCAGAGAGGAUAUACCGAUCAAAUGGUCGAAGAGGCAAAUGCUGUACUUUUCACCUUUGGGUCCUAUCGUCUGGGGGUUCAUGGACCUGGGGCUGAUAUUGAUACUCUUUGUGUAGGACCUUCAUAUGUGAAUCGAGAGGAAGAUUUUUUUAUCAUGCUGCAUGAAAUUUUAGCACAAACAGAGGAUGUGACUGAGCUGCAACCUGUGCCUGAUGCACAUGUCCCUGUUAUGAAAUUUAAGUUCCAUGGAAUAUCAAUUGACCUGCUUUAUGCCAGUGUCUCCCUCUUAGUAGUACCAGCUGACUUGGAUAUCUCUCAAGGAUCAGUACUUUAUGAUGUUGAUGAAGCAACUGUCCGUAGUCUUAAUGGGUGCAGAGUAGCAGAUCAAAUUCUUAGACUCGUUCCAAAUAUUGAGAAUUUCCGCACAACAUUAAGAUGUUUAAAGUAUUGGGCAAAAAGAAGAGGUGUUUACUCAAAUGUUACUGGUUUUCUUGGUGGUGUCAACUGGGCUUUACUGGUUGCACGUGUCUGCCAGCUCUAUCCUAAUGCUGUGCCAAGUAUGUUGGUUUCACGAUUCUUUAGGGUUUUUACCCAGUGGCGGUGGCCAAAUCCGGUUAUGCUUUGUUCCAUUGAAGAGGAUGAACUUGGUUUCCCCGUUUGGGAUCCACGCAAAAAUCCUCGCGAUAAAUGUCAUCAUAUGCCCAUUAUAACCCCUGCAUACCCGUGCAUGAACUCGAGCUAUAAUGUUUCAACAAGCACACUUAGGGUUAUGAUGGAGCAAUUUCAGUUUGGUAAUAAAAUUUGCCAGGAAAUUGAAAUGAAUAAGGCCAGCUGGUCUGCUCUUUUUGAGCCUUUUCAAUUUUUCGAAGCAUACAAGAAUUAUCUACAGGUUGACAUCAUCGCGGAAGAUGAUGAAGACCUUAGACUUUGGAAGGGAUGGGUGGAAUCUCGACUGCGGCAACUAACUUUAAAGAUUGAACGUGAUACAUAUGGAAUGCUGCAGUGUCAUCCUUACCCUCAUGAGUACGCAGAUCCCUCUAGGCAGUGUGCUCAUUGUGCUUUCUUCAUGGGCUUAUCAAGGAAAGAAGGUGUGAAAAUACAGGAAGGUCAACAGUUUGAUAUUCGUGGAACGGUCGAUGAGUUUAGGCAUGAAAUCAACUUGUAUAUGUUCUGGAAGCCUGGGAUGGAGUUGGCUGUUUCUCAUGUUCGGAGGAAGCAGAUCCCAGCUUAUGUAUUUCCAGAGGGUUAUAAGAGACCACGCCCUUUGAGACAUGUCAACCAUCAGCAGCAGUCAAAUAAAAACGACCCUGAAGAUGGCACAGCGACCAGAUCUCCGGACAGUCAGCUGAAGAGAAAGCAUGGUUCUGCUGGGGCUGAUGAUGCUGAACCUGGCAGGUUUGCCAAGAGGUCAUCAGUCAGCCCAGUUCAUCCGAAAAAUUCAUCGCCUCAAUCUGGGAAUGUUGGCGAUGAAACUGCAUGUAACAACCAAAUAAAAAGGGCUUCUAGCGAUGCGAGUGGUUGUAGCCAGGCUUCACCACAGGUAUCUGAGAGAAGCCCAGGUCCUGUUGUGUCUGGGCCCAGGUGUGCGGCAAUGGGAGCAUUGUGUUCUGAUGAUGCAACUAGUAAGCAUGGUAUUCCUCUUGUUGAGGACUGUACCACCCCAACUGUAGCUGUAUGCACAACUUUAAAGCGCGUAGCUGAGAAAGUUGUAUCAGAACUAGUUGGAAGUGAUAGGUUGGGAAGCACCAAUAGUGCUGAGUUACUGGAGAGUAUGGAAAAAGAUGUCCUCGCUGAAAAUGUGCAUUUUGGUGGGAAUGGAGUCGCACAUGAGCCAAACCAUAGGAUUGAAGUGGUUUUUUAAGCUGAUGCAGGUAUGAACUUGGAUGCAUCGUGGAAGUCAUUACUGAGGCAUGGUCUUGAACUCAACUCAUGUGUAUUCAGUAUCUACAUUGCUCUGUUUUCUUUAUACUCGGCUGUUUGGUAUUUGUUUGUUACUUUAUGGCAGGGUUACUGCAUGAGAUUGGAAAAAAAAGAUGGUGUAGAGAUGGACAAUUUCUGCCCCCCCCCCCCCCCUUGCUGGAGUGAAUGGUAAGUUGCUCAACUCACAAGUUUCCUUCUGGACACAGAUCUGCAAGCAUGGGGUUUCCCAAGCGGAGAUGUGGAUGUUCAUGUCGAGCAACGACAUGGCAAAAGAACAAAAAUCUCUUUGUUGCCGGGCACAAGAUGCUUGCUUGUACGGUAGAUCUGCAGGGACCAUCAGUCUUCAGUUUUUACUUGUUGAGCAGCUGGCUCUUGUGUAUGAACUGAGCUGUAGCAGGCUUCUCUGAGUUGACUUGAUUCUCGGAAUCUCGGAGAUCCUUGCCCCACCAUGCUUUAGGUCUAGAAUAGAACUAGAUGGGAUGCUGUGUUCCUUAAGGCCCUUUGUACCUUUCCUCCCCCUUGUAAUAUUAAGAUUUUGACUGAUUCUUAUGUGUUGGUGGCGCCAUCCUAGUUCUUGUGAUGAUUCUGAUGAUGUAUGAUUUGUGCU